AUGACUGUUGGCUUUAUCGCCGGAAAUUCGGUGCUUGAAGCAGUGUCCGGGAUGAAUGAAAAUACCAGUGAUCCAGCAGAAGCAGAAUAUGAUUCAACUGACAGCUCCAACAAAGGAACUUGCUCCACCUGGGGCAACAAUCACUUCUUCACAUUUGACAAUGAUCUCUAUGAGUUUACUGGAUCCUGCAACUAUGUCUUUGCCACCGUCUGUAGCACUAACUCCCCUGAGUUUAAUGUCCAAGUGCAGAGGUCCAGUGGAACUUCUAUUAGCAGGAUUAUGAUACAGGUUGGAGCAAUCAACGUGGUUGUAAAUGGAAACACAAUCACAAUCAUGGGAAAGAAAAUAAGUCUACCUUACAUGACCAGUGGAAUUGAAAUUAUGAAGACUGGGGCUAUAACUAAGCUGUUUGCUAAACAAAAAGGAUUUGAGCUGAUUGUGACAUGGAGCAGUGACAGCAAUAUCAUGGUGGAAGUGGACAGAAACUACAUGAAUAGAACAUGCGGACUUUGUGGGAACUUCAAUGGUGUCCACAAGGAUGACUUUCUGGUGAAUGGAAAAAUGUUGACACCUUAUCAGUAUGCCAGUUUGCAGCAGAUUGAUGACCCAAAUGAAAUUUGCCCUCCUCAGGCUCCUCAGAUAAACAUGUUAAACAAUCAUCAAUAUCUAACCGAUUGUUAUAAUCUUCUGGAUCAAGUCUCUACUAUUUGUAUGGUAUCGAAGAUUCCAUUUAUUAAAAGGUGCCAGCAGGACCUGCAGGAAUGUGACAUCCCAGGGGACAGAAACUGUGCAUGUGCAACCCUUUCGGAGUACUCUACAAGAUGUGCCUUGUGCUCACAGCCAGUCAGCAACUGGAGGACCAAGAACCUGUGCUCCUUGGGCACAUGUCCAUCCAAUCAGAUUUAUGAAGAAUGUGCAAGUCCCUGCAGCCCCACUUGUUCGAACCCUCAAUACACAUGUAAUUCACACUGUGUUUAUGGCUGCUUCUGCCCACCAGGAACUGUCCUCGAUGAUCUGUCUAGAGACAACACGUGUGUCCCUGUCAGCGACUGCCCUUGUUUUUUCAAUGGGCAAAUCUACAGUCCCGGAGAUCACAUUCGUACCGAUUGCAGUGUUUGCCAAUGUAAUGCAGGACAGUGGAGCUGCACGAAUACUCCUUGUCCUGGAAGAUGUGCUAUAGAAGGCGGCUCAGUGAUCACAACUUUUGACACUAACUCAUACCGGUUUCAUGGAAUUUGUACAUACGUCCUGGUCAUGGGUGCCAUAAUAUUGUCCAAAAAGGAUGAAAUCAUGGUGGAUGGUCAGACUAGGCAGCUGCCUUUUAUUUCAGAUGAUGUAUUCGUGAUAAGACAGUCUUCCACAACCAUAAUCCUGUACACAACAUUUGGUCUAGAGAUCGUGGUGCAGAGAAUUCCUGUUUUCAGUGCCUACAUUAAAGUGAACAGAAGUUUCUUUGGAAACACCAAAGGUUUGUGCGGCAACUUUAACAGUGAAACCCAGGAUGACUUCAUGUCCAGCUCUGGAAUUAUAGAAGGGACAGUGACAGUAUUUGUAGACUCUUGGAGAGCAGCUGCCAACUGCAAAGCUGCCCAAAAUAUGGAUGUUAACCCAUGCUCUAUGAGUAUAUCCAAUGAACUGUUUGCACAGACACACUGUACAGUUUUGGUGAACAAGGGAACUCCAUUUGAUGCAUGUCAUUCACUGGUGGAUCCAGAGCCCUACUACAAGAGAUGUGUCUAUGAAGCGUGUAACUAUCAGGAGACAAUUAAUUUAAUCUGCUCUGCAUUGGGCUCUUAUGCUCGGGCCUGUGCAGGAAAGGGAGUUCAGGUGAAGAACUGGCGAACUGCCACUAACUGCACUAUUACUUGCAGUGGUAACCAGAUAUACAGUGAUGACACCACCUCAUGUGGACGGACCUGCCUGUCUCUCUCUAAUGUACAGCUGGAGUGUUACCCAAAUGACAUCCCAAUUGAAGGUUGCAACUGUCCUUUGGGAUUUUAUUUAGAUGAUAAACACAGAUGUGUCUCAAAAUCACAAUGUCCUUGCUAUGUGAAUGAGAAUACCGUCAUUAGGCCUAACCAGCAAACAGUUGUCAAUGGACUUACUUGUUACUGCAUCAGAGGAAGACUUAACUGCAUUGGAAAAGCACUCGACUUUGCUGAAACCUGUGAGGCCCCAAAAGUCAUGAGAACAUGUGGAUCCUUAUCUGAUAAAUAUGGAGCAGCUUGUGCCCCUACGUGUCAGCUUCUGGCUACUGGCAUUCGUUGUGCACCAACUAAGUGUGAGGCUGGAUGUGUCUGCCCUGCUGGCACGUAUGAGGACCACGAUGGUAGCUGUGUGCCCGAAAGUGAAUGUUCCUGCGAAUAUGGAGGUAUCAUAUACAAGACUGGAGAGUCCAUGCAUGGAGAAUGUCAGAGCUGCACCUGCAGUGGAGGCCAUUGGCAGUGCAAAGAGAACCCACGCUGUGCCUCAACCUGUAUGAUGUAUGGAGAGAGCCACAUCAAAACUUUUGAUGGACAACAGUAUUUGUUUGAUGGGGAGUGCCAAUAUACUCUGGUGACGGAUGGAUGUGGAAUGAACACAUCUGAAGAUUCAUUUAAGAUAGUAACAGAGAAUGUGAUCUGCGGUACCACUGGAGCCACUUGUUCACGCACCAUCACUAUCACAAUUGGGACCACAGAACUGAAGCUGUUUGAUGAAAAAUACUCAAUCUCACAAGAUACACCAAAUGUGGAUAUUAAAGUGCACAACAACACCCUUUUUAUCAUGUUUGAUAUCACCAUUCCUAAUAAAUUCUACAUCUCACUCCUCUGGAACAAGAAUAUGAAUUUAUUUAUAAAGAUUCUGAAACUUGGCAAGGAAUCAGUUUGUGGGCUUUGUGGCAACAACAAUGGAAAUAUGAAGGAUGACUUUGAAACUAGGAGCAAGUAUGUGGCCGCCACUCAACUCGAGUUCAUCAACUCAUGGAAAGACAGACCAACAUGCAUGGAUGUAGAAUUUGCUGUGGAUGCAUGUUCGGUAAACCCAAAACGGAAGCCCUGGGCUGAAAAGAGCUGCCAGAUUCUUCAACAAGAUCCUUUUACCCAGUGCCAUAAGUUGGUGAAUUAUAAAAAAUACCACGAUUCUUGUCUAAAUGAUGCCUGUGCAUGUGACACAGGAGGGGACUGUGAAUGCCUGUGUGAAGCUAUUGCUGCCUAUGCUGCAGCUUGCCUUUCAGCUGGAGUUUGUAUUGACUGGAGAAAACCAGACUUCUGUCCUGUUUACUGUGAUUUUGAAAAUACACAUGUUAACAAUGGGAACGGUUAUGAA